UGACAAGCUAGCGAGGUAGCGACUGGAUUUCAGAAGCUCAGUGUGAACUCAGAAGACUCUGAAGAGAACCGAAGAGGCCCUCAAAUCAAGGAUUCAAAGGGAGGCUGCGACACCUAGAGACGGAUUGGCAGCGUAUCAACACUGUGUUCAGCAUCAAACUGUUUCUCUAGUUUUGGGGGGGCAGGGCUAUAGACAAAAUGGCGGCCGAUUGUAGAAUGUACGAGGCAAAGUUCCCGGAGGUGGACGAUGUGGUGAUGGUUCAGGUUAAGAACAUUGCCGAGAUGGGUGCGUACGUCUCGCUCCUGGAGUACAACAACAUCGAGGGCAUGAUCUUGCUGUCUGAGCUGUCGCGGCGGCGUAUUCGGUCCAUUUCCAGCCUGAUCAAAGUGGGAAGGCAGGAGCCAGUCAUGGUUCUGCGUGUGGACAAGGAGAAGGGCUACAUUGAUCUUUCUAAGCGGCGUGUCUCGGAGGAGGACGUGGCAGCGUGCGAGGAAAGGUACAACAAAAGCAAGAUGGUGCACAGCAUCAUGCGGCAUGUGGCUAGCACAACGGACGCUGAUCUAGAGGACUUGUAUGUGCACGUAGGAUGGCCCCUGUACAAACGCUUUGGCCACGCUUUUGAAGGGUUCAAGCAAAUGGUUGCAAAUGCGGACGAGAUCCUGAAGACGCUUACAAAGGAGGUCAAAGAAACGGACCCAGAGACAGGGAAGGAGGCGGUGAAGCAAGUCCCCGCUAUGACCCCCGACGUGCAGUACGCACUGAUCAAGGACAUUCGGCGGCGGAUGACCCCCCAGCCGCUCAAGAUCCGUGCGGACAUCGAGCUCAAGUGCUUCCAGUACGACGGUGUGCUGCACAUCCAGGACGCGAUGCGCAAGGGCGAGAAGGCCGGCUCCGAAGAGUGCCCCGUCAAGAUCAAGCUCGUCGCGCCGCCGCUCUACGUGCUCACGACGCAGACGCUAGAUAAGGAUUUGGGCAUCGCAGCCUUGGAAGCUGCCAUUCAAGCCGCUUCAGACGAGAUCGAGAAGCACAAGGGGAAGCUCUUAGUGAAGGAGGCGCCUCGCGCUGUAUCAGAGCGGGACGAUCGGUUGUUGGCCGAAAAGUUAGAGAAGCUAGAUGCGGCCAACCGUGAAGUCGAUGGAGAUGAAGACAGUGAAGAGGAGGAGGACGAAGGCAUGGGUGACAUUGAUGUAGAGGCAGGGCCUGCUUUGUCAGAACCAUAAAAUAGUCGAGACGCAUGGUUCAAACUUUUUUGGGGACAAUAAACGAAAAGGGAAUGGACAAUCACACCAUUGUAACAAAGCUGAUUUCCAGACACGGAUUGGAAGGGCUACUAGUACCGCGGCCAACCCGAGCUCGGUCACAGUACAAUUGUAAGGUUUCCUUGCAAGGUUGGCUUGUGAAGACCAAUCCAACCCGUUGAUUUUCUCACAUGUGGUGCUCCUUAGAUUCUUUGUGCUACAUGCUUAGCUGCACGAACUAUACGCUUCCAAUCCAU